AUGAAGAUCAAGAUGAGAACCCAGAUGAAUGAGGAACCAGAUGAGGACCAAGAUGAGGACCCAGAAGAUGAACCAAAUGAGGCCCAAGAUGAGAGACAAGAUGAGGACCAAGAUGAGAACCCAGAUGAAGACCAAGAUGAGAAAGAAGAUGAGGAACAAGAUGAGGACCCAGAUGAGGAAGAAGAUGAGAACCCAGAUGAAGACCAAGAUGAGGAAGAAGAUGAGGACCCAGAUGAAGAUCAAGAUGAGGACCCAGAUGAGGAAGAAGAUGAGGACCCAGGUGAAGAUCAAGAUGAGGACCCAGAUGAGGAAGAAGAUGAGGACCCAGGUGAAGAUCAAGAUGAGGAC